GUUCUAGAACAUUCUAUCUACAUCGAGAAUAUAUAAGGAGGCAAUAUACCGCCGCCGCACAUUGCUGAGCGAUACCUCACUACAUACAAACGUGUUCAUACUCAACGAGUUUUAUUGUAUUUUCUCUUAUAAAAAAUCACUGCAAAGAUGCCGGAAGGAAUGGAUACCUCAUCUGCGGAAGUUGAGACCUUCGCUUUCCAGGCGGAGAUCGCACAGUUGAUGUCAUUGAUCAUCAACACCUUCUACUCUAACAAAGAAAUCUUCCUCCGUGAAUUGAUCUCCAACUCGAGUGAUGCAUUGGACAAGAUUCGUUACGAGUCUCUGACUGACCCAUCUAAAUUGGACAGUGGCAAGGACUUGUCCAUCAAGAUCAUUCCCAACAAAAAUGACCGCACUCUUACCAUCAUUGAUACUGGUAUUGGUAUGACUAAAGCUGACUUGGUCAACAACCUGGGAACAAUCGCAAAAUCUGGUACGAAAGCUUUCAUGGAGGCUUUGCAAGCUGGUGCUGACAUCUCUAUGAUUGGUCAAUUUGGUGUCGGUUUCUACUCAGCUUACUUGGUAGCUGACAAAGUAACUGUAACUUCAAAGCACAACGACGACGAGCAAUACUUGUGGGAAUCAGCUGCCGGUGGUUCAUUCACUGUCAGAGCCGACAACUCUGAGCCUCUUGGCCGCGGUACCAAGAUUGUCUUGUACAUCAAAGAAGACCAGGCAGAGUACCUCGAGGAGAGCAAGAUCAAGGAAAUCGUAAAGAAACACUCGCAAUUCAUUGGUUACCCAAUUAAAUUGGUAGUCCAAAAGGAACGUGAGAAGGAACUGAGUGACGACGAGGCCGAGCCAGAAGCUGAUGCCGAAAAGAAAGAAGACGAAGACGACAAACCAAAGAUUGAAGAUGUUGGUGAAGAUGAAGAAGAAGACAAGGAGAAGGAAAAGAAAAAGAAGAAGAAGACUAUCAAAGAAAAAUACACCGAAGAUGAGGAGCUUAACAAAACCAAGCCCAUCUGGACAAGAAACCCAGAUGAUAUCACCCAGGAGGAAUACGGCGAGUUCUACAAAUCAUUGACCAACGACUGGGAAGACCAUUUGGCAGUGAAACAUUUCUCUGUUGAGGGUCAACUCGAGUUCCGUGCUCUUCUCUUCGUACCACGUCGUAUGCCCUUCGAUCUCUUCGAGAACAAAAAACGUAAAAACAACAUCAAGCUCUACGUCCGACGUGUGUUCAUCAUGGACAACUGCGAAGAAUUAAUCCCAGAAUACCUUAACUUCAUGAAGGGAGUAGUUGACAGCGAGGACUUGCCACUCAACAUUUCUCGUGAAAUGUUGCAGCAAAACAAAAUCCUCAAGGUGAUCCGUAAGAACCUGGUGAAGAAAUGCUUGGAGCUCUUCGAAGAACUUACUGAGGAUAAAGAGAACUACAAGAAAUUCUACGAACAAUUCAGUAAGAACUUGAAGCUGGGUAUCCACGAAGAUAGUUCAAACCGCAGCAAGCUCGCUGAUUUAUUGAGAUACAACACUUCAGCAUCCGGUGAAGAGAGCUGCUCGCUCAAGGACUACGUUGGUCGUAUGAAGGAAAACCAGAAACACAUUUACUUCAUUACUGGUGAGAGCAAAGAACAAGUAGCCAACAGUUCAUUCGUUGAGCGUGUCAAGAAACGCGGCUUCGAAGUUAUCUACAUGACUGAGCCCAUUGACGAAUACGUUGUACAACAAAUGAAAGAAUUCGACGGUAAGCAGCUCGUGUCAGUCACCAAGGAAGGCUUGGAGCUUCCCGAAGACGAAGCUGAAAAGAAGAAACGUGAGGAAGACAAAGCCAAAUUCGAGGAGCUCUGCAAAGUCAUGAAGACCAUCUUGGACAGCAAAGUUGAGAAAGUUGUUGUCUCAAACCGUUUGGUCGACUCGCCGUGUUGUAUCGUAACUUCUCAGUACGGUUGGACCGCCAACAUGGAGAGAAUCAUGAAAGCUCAGGCUCUUCGUGACACCUCGACCAUGGGCUACAUGGCUGCGAAGAAACAUCUCGAGAUCAACCCUGACCACCCAGUCAUUGAGAACUUGAGACAGAAAGCUGAAGCUGACAAGAACGACAAGUCAGUCAAGGAUUUGGUUGUCCUUCUUUUCGAGACUGCUCUCUUGUCGUCUGGGUUCUCACUUGACGAUCCCCAGGUCCACGCUGCCCGCAUCUACCGUAUGAUCAAGCUUGGUCUUGGUAUCGAUGAAGACGAACCAAUCAGCGAGGAGCCCAAGGCUAUGGAAGAGGUUCCAACUCUCGAAGGCGAAAGCGAAGACGCGUCACGUAUGGAAGAAGUCGAUUAAGUGAUUAACUUUUAAUUAUUACAUUUUUUUCAGUUUAAGUUACUAAAGACUGUUGAAAAAAUUAAUUAUUGAUGAUGAGUGAUUGAUCACGUUUUAUGUGAUUGUAUUAACAUAUGUAUCAUAUAUAAGUAGAAUUACUCUUAUUAAAAAUAAUUUAUCAUUCCUAUUAUGAUGCAAGCACCAAAUAAUUAAUUAUUAAAAGAAUAAUUGUUUUUAUAUGUUAAAUUUUUAAUGUAACAGCCCAUUCAUACUCAUGAACAAUUACUUUAACGUUUCAUUUUAUGUCAUAAUUGAGUCAAAAUAAAUUUUUUUUCCAUAA